AUGUCAAACUUAACGAAUGAUGAUUUAUUUAUUGAGCAAUUGAAUCAGGUAGAAAGAGAAUUAAAAGUAAAACUAAAGAAACUCAAUAAUAUUGCAAUAAAGGUUCAAAAAAUUUCAAAGAACGACUCGAUAAAAGAUAGAGUAACUUCAAUUUUGAAUACCUUAAGACAAGAACAAGAACAAGAACAAGAACAACAACAAGAUGAAGAUGAACAAAAUACAAUAAUACUUCUAGGUGGAUAUUCAAAUAACAUACCAAAAUUAAUAUCAAUUGUGGAAAUAGUUAAACAAAAUAAUGAAUCAUCUAAAUUAUUUCAAUUCAAUAAAUUAUCAAAAUUUGAAAGUGAAAAUAAUCCAAAUUAUAAACCCAAAAAGGAAGAAAAUAAUGAUGAUGGUAAAGUUUUAACUGAAGAAGAAAUACAAAAGAAGUUGGAAGAGGAAGCUCGAAAAGAAAUUCAUGGUGCUAAAGUAUACUCAUUGCCAACAAUGUUUAUAAUAUUAUCAAAUCAAGAUUUAUCACAGAUUGAUUUAACAAAUUGGACGAGUCAAAGUUGA